AAGAGCUAGAAGCAGCUGAAGUGGGCGCCUCUACUCCUGAUGCACUUGUUGAAUUUUGUUGUUCUGGUAAGACUGAAACCAGUGAUACCAAUGUACUGACCAUUCUGCCUGCUGCUUGUUUGCUGCAACUGAGCAGAGUUAAGCUUAUGGAGCAUGUACGACUCCCGCUUUGUCGCCCAAAAUUCCUCGUUCACACUGUUAGUAAAGAUGCGGUGGUGAUGGCGAACGCUGCCUGCCGAAAUCUCGUUGAUGAAGCAAGGAACUAUCUACUUUUACAAUUACCUGCACCUGGACGACCAAGUAUGCAAGGACCGCGCACUCGACCGCGGAAAUCGUUCAAACGCACUGAAGUUUUAUACGUUGUAGGAGGAUAUAGUGGGAGGACAAUCGUUUCUGUGGAAUGCCUAGAUCCUGGAGGAGCGAAUGCUAUGUGGAAGCGUGUUCCUUCGAUGAGUAGAGGAUGGUUUGGAAGUGGUGUCGCUGUUCUCAACAAUUUGCUCUAUGCCAUUUGUAAACGCUGCGGUCAUCCUCCUUUCGGUUUGCAAUACAUUGAGAGAUUUGACCCUGCUGCAAUGCGUUGGUCCGGUGAACUCGAACGACCCUCCAGCAGUCGAGAAGUGUAUGCACUGGCAGCGCUCGACGGUUUUCUUUAUGCAGUUGGUGGUCUUGACGAUAUCGACAGUGUUAACGUCGUAGAACGCUAUGACAAUGAGCGGCACAGUUGGAUUCGUGCGGCACCUAUGAAUUCACGUCGAAGUGAACAUUCGGUCUGCGCUUCUAACGGAUGUUUGUACGCCAUUGGAGGAACUGAUGAAUCGGAUUUAAAAUCCGUGGAAA